GUCAACUAACUGUGGUGUGAUACCUGUAUAAUAAAUUAAACAGUGGUGUGAGGCCACAUCUUGUCCCAUAGCGGAACCCACGGUGACAGUUUAGAGAGGUAGAUGUUGAGACUCAGGCUGCUGUAUUGUAGGACCCUGAAACAACCCUAGACAGUGACUCCAUCCUGGCUGCCUAACUGGAACCGACCACAAUGCCAUAAAGGAUCAUGCCCAACUCUGUUGCCCCCACUGAAACUAGACCAAUGACUCAAAUAGCCCCUAGUGGAGAGGAAACAUAUACACAGGAUUUGAAUUUGCAGUGCAACUGAAUUGAAAGACAAGGAGGUGUAUGAAGACGGGGACUACACAAUGGAUAAGAUGAAAAAGAUACUCAGCUCCCCGAUGGCUAAGAAAAAAUCGAACGGAAAUAAAAUAUUUGGGGUACCUUUAGAGGAGCUAGUACGUCGUGCUCCGGAGGAUUGUCGCGUGCCUGUAAUUGUCAAGACGAUCGUUGACUUCAUUUCUCAACAUGGUAUUGGCCAUGAGGGAAUCUUUCGAAUAAAUGGAAAUGCACGUAUGGUGGAAAAGUUGAAGAGUUCAUAUGAUAAAGUUGGAUCAGCAAAUCUGGAAGAUGCGAAUGAUGUGAUGUCAGUUGCGGGACUUUUGAAAUUGUUUUUACGAGAAUUGCCAGACUCUGUUAUUCCAGAAAGUGAGACAUUGAAGUUUAUCCAAGUGCAAGAAGAUUUCCAGCAAGAUUUUGAACAGUUCAUAGACCAGCUUAAGCAAUUACUUGAAGAUCUUCCACAAGAAAACUAUGAUCUGCUGAAAUUUCUUUGUCGCUUCCUAGUGACUGUCUCGCUACUCGAGGAAAGCAACAAAAUGAGCUCUAUGGCACUGGCUAUUAUAUUUGGCCCUAAUUUAUUCAGAUGCAGCAAUGGAUUUGAGGGACUGAGAGAGCAAGGGAAAACCAACCAGAUCCUGAACCACUUCAUACAAGACUAUGAUGCCCUCUUCAAGUCAGAUGAUGAGAUUUCACCGUAUGCUUCUAAACUAAUACAGGUUCAAGAGGCUAGGGUAUCUGCCAAAACACCACCCACCAGACCCCCUCCCCCAAAGUUUGAGGAAAGCCCUCCACAUCCUAUUCCCUCACCCAGAAAGUCACGUCAUAUUUUGAACAAUGACCAGGAUAGCUGGGAGAGAGACAGUACAGAGGUGUCAUCCCACGGGGGUCACACUCCCAGAAGUCGUAGUGCAAGCCUCAACAGUCCAAGAUACAGUGAUGACGAGUCCAUGUUGGACAGCAGAGCAUAUUCUCCAUUUGUCCUUGAGAGUGAUGGAGGCUCUAGUGUUGUAACAUCACCCAUUAUAUCAAUGGUUGCAUCAGAUCUUGUAGAAAAGACCAUCAGUGAGGCUGUGUCGGAGCAUCUAUUUGGGGAUAUGUUUGGCGAUAGUCGGCCAUCCACCCCUGGAAGCUGUCAAGGAACACCUGUGCCAGUACCAAGGAAGAGAAAAGAGGAUCUUCAUCAAUCUCCAGUCCUAGGAUCUAACAAUGAAUCUCCAGAUGAGAAGACCUCUGUGCAGGACAGAAUUCGUCAUUUUCAGUCAGAUGACUCUGAUGAUCUUGCUAGUGAUAUUGCGAAACCACGUCGUCAACGUCCAACCUCACAGGCUUUUAAAAUGUUUGAAGAGCAGGGAACAAUCAUAGGAAUGGGUCAGCCUAGUAUGAGUAAGACAUUUCCUGGUCGAGGGGGUCAGUCCAUUUCUAUUCCCGAUGACCUGGCAGAUAGCGUAACCCCUGAAGAUACCCCAAGGUCAAUGGAGGAAGAGGGACCCAGACCAGUUCCCCGUCCCCGUAGCUCUAGGCUUAAGAGUGAUUCUAGUCAUGUGGAUGAGAAUGGUCACAGUAUAAACGCAGAUGAUCUCAAAGAUACUAAUGACAGUUCAGGUCCUGUCUUAUCAAAUUUUAAACGUGAUUCUGGUCCAAAGAAUCGUAGAACUCCAUCCAGAAAGGCCAUGAAGCAAGUGUUGGUUAAUCAGAACCAUGGAAAUACAGAUGCUGUUGACAGUCUCUUGUAUGAAGAAUAUGCACGCAUGGAACAAGAAGAUGAAAAUCACAAUGACCCCAAGCAUCAUAUGGGUUUCCUAGAUGUUCAUUCUCAAGAGGAUGCUGCCACUGAAGACAAGCACUCUCCAGCAGAGAACAGGAAACCCUAUGUCCCUCCCUUAGAUCUCACUAUCCUACAUGAACAUGGAGAUGGAAGUGAUCCUAUUCUAGCAGAACAUGGCCCCUCCCCUGCCUUUCAUAAGGCCAAGUCUCUAAAAGAAGAAGAGGAGGUCCUACUCUCCCCUAGGUCAUCUAAGAUAAAGAAAAGAGCAAGUGCUCAUGGCGACACUGAUAUUCCACCGUCCCCACCCCUGGAGCAGAAUAGCUUCCCCCACAGUGGUUUUAGACAUGAUGAUGAAUACUCAGACACAGUGAAACAACUCACAAAGAAAAUACAAUCUCUGAAGAGGAAGAUCAAACAGUUUGAAGAACAGUUUGAAACCAAACAUGGCUAUAAGCCAUCUCAGACUGAUAAAGCUGCCAGAUUGGAGGUGAAGAGACACAUGGCGGAUCUUCAGAAGGCUAGGAAAGAAUUAAAACAGUUCAAGGAGGAGAAUAUGGCAACAUCUCUGUCAGGUUCUAGUGAACGUCUAGCAGAUGCUGGUUUCCCUAGCAACCGUAGCAGGCCUACAUCAUCAAACAGGAGCACUGGAAGGCCCUCUAGUGGCAAGAUUGAGACAUCAGGGGGAGAUCCUCCGACCAUGAAACAAACUCUUGAUAUGUUGAUGAAAAAAUUAAAGGAUAAAAGACUUGAGGCACACAGAAAUUCUGAUCUCAAUGAAAUGACAAGGGAACAUGUACAAGAUGAAAAACUGGCAGUUCAGAAAGCUUUGCUACAUUUUGAAAGUAUACACGGCAGGCCGAGUACAAAAGCUGAGAAGGAACUAAUGCGCCCCCUAUAUGAUAGAUACAGAAACAUAAAAAGACUCCUUGCUAAACCAGCCUCACCAAGAGACAAACAUAAAGAGUUGGAACCUGUGCCAGAAGACACCACCAUAGAACAAUUUGCCCCUAAAAGUGCUCCAGGAAGUGCCAAAAGUACAAAUAGGGAGCCAAUCAAAAUCCCCACAUCAGAGGUGGAGGCAGAACCUGAGCAGGAGCAGGAAGAAGAAAUGACGACGCAAGAUUUUGCAGUGACACGAGAUUUCCCAGGCGACAAUGUCGAAGAUAAUGAUACUAAGUCACCAGAAGACUUUAAAAAUAGUAGAAAAAAUAGCGAGGCUUAUUUACAUGAGCUCACCGUGCCUGAACUAAUUAGUGAGCAGAAUGGUGCCAGGAAUACUAAAAAAGAGCUGCGGAAGGUUUUACGGGAAUUUGAAGAUGAAUUUCUUCGACAAACGGGAAGGAAAGUACAAAAAGAAGACCGUGCACCAAUGGACGCAGAGUAUAAUGAAUAUAAACAAAUCAAGGCAAGGUUAAAGCUGCUAGAUGCUUUGUUAUCUAAACAUGACCCUACUGCCACAAUAUAGAUGUCGCUAUACGAUAUACAAGUAUAUAUCACAUACUGUCCUACAGAUUAACAGCAUGUUGCUGUUAUUGCCCGGAGUAAUGAAAACACUGCCCUUCUAUACAUUCACAUGCAACAUAUAAUGCCCUUGAGGAAAUUCGCAAACAACAUAAUGUCCCAAAGGAAAUUCACAAACAACAUAUAAUGCCCCAAGGGAAAUUCACAAACAACAUAUAGUGCCCCAAAGGAAGUUAGCAAGCAACACAUAAUGCCCCAAAGGAAGUUAACAAGCAACACACAAUGCCCUGGAGGAAGUUAACAAGCAACAUAUAAUGUCUCAAAGGGAAUUUAAUAGGAACAUAAUGCCCUAAGGGAAUUUCACAAACAGCUUAUAAUGCUGACAAGAAAAUUAGAAACAACUAAAAACUGCAUAGGAUGCAGACAUAGUGUAAUGAGGGUGAAUUAAAUUUAACAAUUCAUCAAUUCAAACAUUGCCCUUCACUUCAAAAUUAGGGCAAGGGCAAACAAACAUUCAGUGUUGAAUCGGUUCAGUUGUAUAGUACAGUUCAUAGUUAGAUAAUAGAUAUCAGUUCAUUAAUCAUAGUUACUUACUAUUUCAUUUCAAUUAUUUUAUGAACAAUUUAUUUAAUAAUUUCUUAUUUAUUUACAUUAGCUUUGAAUAAGUAAGUUGACUUAACUGUAAAUAUAUACAUAUAUAAAUAUAUAAAAAAAAUACAGUGAGGUUCCAAACUCCACAAAUUAUCUGUAUUAUAGGUUUUGAUUAUCGAAGCUAUAAAUAAAUUGUAAAUAUUGUAUAUAGUUCAAAGUGCUGUGAUUGAAGAGGACGUCUAUUUUACAAUGAAUAAUUAAUAAGGUGAAUAUGUACAUGUACAUAGUAUAAUUAUUUACAAACAGAUAUUAGUCAGACAGAUGUAAAUAGUUUUGCCAAGACAUUAUGGCGAUGUAAGCAUUUAAUAGUUGUUAGUGUAAAAAAUUGAAAUGUAUUUUCAGAUAUUUAGUUUGUUACUUUGAAGAAAAGAGUUAACAAAAAUGCUUUGUGCAUACUGUAUUAUAACAAAAGUGUUAUUUUAACCACCAAGGUGAUAAAUUGAGGAGUGCUAUCCCUGAACUGACCAAAAACUAAUACGAAUCAACUUUGAUAUAUAUAGU